UUUCCUUCUCUAAAAUAUCUUCGGUUUUUAUGACUAUAAAUACAAGGAGAGAGAGGAGGAGCCGAGUGUAGGAAGAGUAGAAGAGGGGAAUAUAUUCUUUUUUUUUUGAAAUUUUAUUUUAUCACCAGAAGGGAUCUUUCGACUUUCCUCACGUCUCUCCCGGCAGAGGUUUAUGAUCGAAAUCCACGCCCAAGGCGGGAAUGUUCACUGAAGGACUCGAUUCGCAUGCCCUUCGAUGGGUUCGGGAGGGUCAUGCAUCUUUCUCAAACCCUCAGCACAGGAUGGAUCCUCUUCGAGGUCCAAGUAAUGGCGGCCGUGGGUUUGGCAUUCCGCCUCCGGAGAAAUUCCGGAGCGGGCACCUGCCGAGAGGGGCGAUCCCCAUGUCCCACACCAUUCCUAGAGAAGAUGAAAGUUAUUCUGGCUCGGACAUGGAUGAGUCCUCCGAUACCGAGGCUGAGAUCUAUGGAGGACGGUACUCUGUUGAUUCUUCACCUCGGGAUGAUGUCUCAGGGCACAGGGCACCUAAUGGAGCCUCCGCCGCAGCUGGCAUUGGUCGUCGGUGCACAGUUCCGGUUUCCGGGCAGCAUUACAACUCAAGUGAUGGUUACUCGGACUUCAGUUUGCCAAGGGAUACUGCCCAGCAGCAGCUGCAGCAGCCGAGGAAGCAAAUACAUGUGAAUGGAUACAUGGAAGAAGAGGAGGAAGAUGGGUUGUCUGAUUCUGGCUGGAGCUCUGCUAGUCAGGUGGGAAGGAAUAAUGGUGGUUCUGGUGUGGCUUCGAGAGUGAGUAAUGUUCCCUUCAGAGGAUAUGCGAAGGUUAAUGUGCAGAGGGUUGGUGUGAAUUCCCAAGGGAGCUAUCCUGCAGAGUGCUAUUCUCAUAAAGUUCCUUUCAGAAAGGAUGCAAAUGUUAGUGCUGAUAAAGUUGGCAUGAAUUCACAAGGGGGCUAUCAUCCAGAGAGCUACUCUCACCGUGUUCCCUCUCGAGAAGAUGUGCAAGCUACUGCUGAGAUGGAUGGUCCCUCUGAUGCACCAAGUGCACCGCCAAUUAAUGGCUGUGUUCAGGAAAUCAGCCAUGCUUCUGAACCAAUACCAUCAGGGAGAUUAUACGAUACUCGUGCAGCAAGUUCAAAGGGCCCAGCUAUUAAACAGGAGGCACAUUCGCAUGUUAAUGAUGGAAGCAAUAUACUGGACCAGAAUGCUAGGAACACAUCUAGAUCUAGCGGUGCUGAAGUUGCCCCAUCUUCUAGUUUGUUUCCAGCUCGAGUUCCCACCUUUCAUGCAAGUGCACAAGGGCCCUGGCAUUCUGUGAUUGCAUAUGAUGCAUGUGUUCGGCUAUGCCUUCAUUCAUGGGCUAGAGGUUGUAUGGAAGCUCCAGUUUUCUUGGAAAAUGAGUGUGCGCUGUUGCGAAGUGCUUUUGGUCUGCAGCAUAUCUUGUUACAGUCAGAGGAGGAACUGCUGGCAAAGCGCUCUUCAGAGCUUGUCAGUGAAGGAGCAGCGCCCAAGCCCAAAAAAACAAUAGGCAAGAUGAAAGUCCAAGUUCGUAAGGUCAGAAUGUCUCCGGAUAUGCCUUCUGGCUGCAGUUUUUCAUCCAUGAAAGCACCCAUGGUAAAACUUGAAUCACUUCGUUGUCGCAUGUCCAAUUUACGAUCAACUCUUUCGUCAAGAUGGGAAUCAGUUCGGAAAGUUCGUGUUUUACCCAAUCUGCCUGCGAAUAGUUCAUUUUCAAGGCACAGCUUAGCAUAUAUGCAUGCUAGUGCUCAGUAUGUUAAGCAGGUCUCUGGCCUUCUAAAAAUUGGGGUUACUACUCUUCGUAGCAGUUCAUCAUAUGAAAUUGUCCAAGAAACAUAUUCGUGUCAGUUGAGGCUGAAAAGUUCAACUGAAGAGGAUUGUGUUCGGAUGCAACCUGGAUCUGGCGAAACACAUGUGUUCUUUCCUGAUAGCUUAGGAGAUGAUUUAAUUGUUGAUGUCUAUGAUUCCAAAGGAAAGUCAUGUGGCCGAGUUGUAGCUCAAGUGGCUAACAUUGCAGAAGAUCCUAGUGACAAAGUUCGCUGGUGGUCCAUUUAUCACGAACCGGAGCAUGAACUUGUUGGGCGAAUACAACUUUAUGUAAAUUACACAACCAGUCCAGAUGAAAACAGUGGUCUCAAGUACGGCUCUGUUGCAGAAACAGUGGCUUAUGAUAUAGUCUUGGAAGUUGCAAUGAAAGCUCAACAUUUUCAACAAAGGAAUCUGUUGCUGCAUGGACAAUGGAAAUGGCUACUGACAGAAUUUGCCUCCUACUAUGGUGUUUCAGAUGCAUAUACCAAACUAAGAUACCUUUCUUAUGUCAUGGAUGUGGCAACCCCUACAGCAGACUGUCUCAUGUUGGUUCAUGAUCUGCUACUGCCUGUGAUUUUGAAGAGCCGUAGUAAGAAUACAUUGAGUCAUCAAGAGAACUGCAUUCUUGGAGAAAUCGAGGAGCAGAUCGAGCAGAUUCUAGCUAUGGUUUUUGAAAAUUACAAGUCCCUGGAUGAGUCUUUACCAUCAGGAAUGGUGGAAGUUUUUAGGCCUGCUACUGGGACUCCAGCUCCAACAUUGGUACCUGCUGUAAAGCUGUAUACUCUUCUGCAUGAUAUUCUAACUCCAGAGGCACAACUAAAGCUGUGCAGUUAUUUCCAGGCUGCUGCAAAGAAGAGGAUGAGGCGGCACUUGGUUGAAACUGAUGAGUAUGUUGCAGGCAACUGUGAAGCCAACUUGAUGGAUGUUGUGACCAUUUCUACUGCUUACCAGAAGAUGAAAUCACUCUGCUUAAAUAUCCGAAAUGAAAUUUUUACAGACAUCGAAAUCCAUAAUCAGCAUGUGCUCCCCAGCUUCAUAGACCUUCCGAAUCUAUCUGCGUCCAUUUACAGCGUGGAACUCUGUGGUAGAUUGCGUGCAUUCCUUGUUGCAUGCCCUCCUACUGGCCCCUCACCACCUGUUGCAGAUCUUGUAAUUGCAACAGCUGAUUUCCAAAAGGAUCUUGCUAGUUGGAACAUUAGUCCUAUUAAAGGAGGCAUUGAUGCUAAGGAGUUAUUCCACCUGUAUAUUAUAUUAUGGAUCCAAGAUAAACGCCUUGGGUUGCUUGAGUCUUGUAAAUUAGAUAAGCAGGUAAAAUGGUCAGGAGUUCAAACACAGCAUAUGACAACGCCAUUUGUUGAUGACAUGUAUGACCGACUGAAAGAUACUUUGAAUGAAUAUGAGGUCAUCAUAUGCCGCUGGCCAGAAUACACCUUUGUUUUGGAGAAUGCCAUUGCAGAUAUUGAGAAGGCAGUGGUUGAGGCUUUGGAGAAGCAAUAUGCAGAUGUGUUGGCUCCAUUGAAGGAUAGUAUGACACCAAAGAAAUUUGGCCUCAAAUACGUUCAGAAACUUGCUAAGCGCAACUCAAUCUCUCCUUAUAAUGUGCCUGAUGAACUGGGAAUUCUCUUGAAUACUAUGAAAAUAAUGAUUGAUGUUCUGCGACCAAAAAUAGAGAUGCAGUUGAAAUCUUGGGGUUCUUGUAUACCUGAUGGUGGGGGUGUAGCUGCCGAAGAUCGCCUGGGCGAAGUAAGUGUAACAUUGAAAGCGAAGUUCAGGAAUUACCUGCAAGCGGUUGUAGAGAAACUUGCAGAGAAUACUCGAGCACAGAGCACCACAAAGCUCAAGAAGAUCAUCCAAGACUCAAAGGAUGCUAUAGCAGAAUCUGAUAUUAGAAGCAGAAUGCAGCCCUUGAAGGAUCACCUUAUGCAGACAAUUAAUCACCUCCAUACAGUCUUUGAGGUUCAUGUGUUUGUAGCAGUAUGUCGAGGCUUUUGGCACCGAAUGGGGCAGGAUGUCCUUAGUUUCUUGGAGAAUCGAAAAGAGAACAGAGCAUGGUAUAAAGGUGCACGAGUCACAGUGGCUGUAAGUUUUGGAUGACACAUUUGCAUCACAGAUGCAGCAACUGCUUGGUAAUGCACUGCAGGAGAAAGACCUGGAGCCACCCAGAUCAAUCAUGGAAGUGCGUUCAGUGCUUUGCAAGGAUGCAUCUGUUCAUAAGGAUUCAAAUUUCUACUAUUAGAUUGUGUAAGUAUGCACGCGGGAUUUUCGUAUGCAUCCAUUUUAGACAUUAUAUACUGAAGAGCUGAGAGCAGGGCUUCAAUGCAUGGUUAAAUAGUUUGCCGAUCUGCACAUAAAAGGAUCUCAAAGAAGCUGCCUUGCACAAGCACACGCCAAUUUGUAUAGGUCAAAGCAUAUGAGGAAGCACCUGUUAUCCAUGAGCUUCUUGUCAGUAGUGUAGGGACUAAAAUUAAUUUAACCAAGUUAUAGCAAAAGCUUCAUAUAUCAGUGUUCCCUGAUUUGGAGGGAUGGACUUAUUUUCUUUUUCCCUUGUUUGUAUGAUACAAGCAAAUAUAAUUCAACGGAGUCCAACAGAUUGUCUGGGUUAUUGGUGCGGUGACUGAGUUCUGGGGCUGAGAUGUGUUAUGAGACUUAUGUAAAGAACAUGAUGCCAUAAUUAUAAAAUUAUUUUUUCUUUCUCAUC